AUGGGUCCGGAUACGCCCCUACCCCUCCCUCCGGAUUUCAGAGAUACCGAUGAAUACGUCGAGUCAUUGCUAAAGUUUUCAACUUCCUCAUGGCUUCUUCAGACUCUCUGUGGCGGUGUCCAUAUCCUCGACUUCUACACUAGGUCACCUGAUCUUUACUCGCAUAUCUUACCUCAGUCAUGGAGAGAAUGGUUCAAGACGAGGGAUAUCAUGGAAAUCUUGGACCUAUUGAUGAGGGAAGACCUCACCCAAUUUGACAAUGGUAGUGAGGUUUGGCGCAAUGGUCCUGCACCUCCAGAGGAGCUGCUACAGUACAUCAAAACUGUGCGGAAGCAUCUGUUAGCGCGCGACUUUCCUCCUCCAAACUCAACUCUUGAGCCCCAGAAGACUGCACUACCACGCCAUAUUGCUAUGGGAAUGAAGGUCAAGAAAGUGCACGAAGUUGACAACUUUGCACGCUACAUUGACAGGCUUACCUCUGAGAUAGCAGAGUCUAACAGGAAGCCAAUAACCCAUCUUGUGGAUUUCGGUUCAGGCCAGAACUAUCUUGGAAGAGCGCUCGCCGCUUCUCCAUACUCCAAGCAUAUCGUCGCUGUAGAAAGCAAACAACACAAUAUCGAUGGAGCAAAAAACAUGGAUAUUCUAGCCAAGCUGGUUGCAAAGCCAAUUGUGAUGAGGAACAAGAAGGAGUAUCGAGCCAAGCUUGGAAAAUCAAAGAAAGGCAACACGACUAAUGACCCGUCUGCAAUCAGUGCAGAGCCCGGGACGAAUGGCGAAAGCAAAGGUCUACCAGAUUCUAUCGAAACUGACCCGGUAGCUUCUCCAACGCCUCAGAAUGGAGUGAAGUGUGAUUACGAUGGUUGCACAGUUCAUCCGCCACAAGCGUCUUCGAAGGAGAAGGAGAUUGCUGACGUAGGUCAAGCCACGAAGACUUCUACACUCCAAAUAUACAACGACGGUAAUGGAAGUGUUCAAUAUGUCGAGCACAUCAUCCAAGGCGGCGACCUCACACCAGUCAUUGACCAAGUGCUUGACAGCUCAAAUGUGCCAGAGGAACUCGUGUCUUCAGGGGAAGCUGUGGUCGCAGAAGCUACCGACUUGAAGGCCGUUCCCAAGCCCAAGGAUGUGAACGCAAUGGUUAUCUCACUUCAUUCCUGCGGAAACCUCGUUCACUAUGGACUACGUUCGAUGCUACUGAAUUCCCACAUCUCCGCUGUCGCAAUGGUAGGCUGUUGUUACAACCUCGUUACCGAACGUCUUGGCCCGCCAACGUACAAGCUACCCACGCUUCGGCCGAAUCAUCCACGACUGGAGUCUACAUCCAAAGCCUUUGAUCCAAACGGAUUCCCGAUGUCAGAGAAGCUCGCAAACUACACUCUACCACAUACUCCACUUGAACCAUCGGAAAGUGGGGAGGAGAUAGAACAACCCAAAGGUGUGCGCCUUAAUAUCACAGCCCGAAUGAUGGCCGUCCAAGCACCCUUCAACUGGGGUGCUUCUGACUCGGAACUCUUCUUCACCCGCCAUUUCUAUCGUGCUCUACUCCAGCGCAUCUUCCUCGAUCGCGGCGUCGUUUCGGCUCCUCUCGACGAGCAAGGUCUCACCGGCAGCGCCGUCUCUGCAAAUGGCCAUACCUCACAAGUAAACUGGACACCACCUAGCGGCCUCGGCCCUGGUCUAUCCUCUGAUGGCACCACUACACCGCUCACCAUUGGCACACUGCGCAAAUUCGCCUACAGCGAUUUCGUCUCGUACGUACGCGCAGCGCUGGCCAAACUCACGGCCGAGAACUCGUUCUGCGAAGUCGAUCCCACUUUCAUCAAAGGGAAAAUGGAUGGCCUUACAGAUGACGAUAUCCGGGAUUAUGAAGUGAGGUAUACCGAGAGAAAGAAGGAGUUGAGUGUCAUGUGGAGUUUAAUGGCAUUUAGCGCCGGCGUGGUCGAAGCAGUUGUCGUCACGGACCGAUAUCUGUGGCUCAAAGAGCAAGAUGAUGUCGAGCAUGCAUGGGUGGAACCCGUAUUCGAGUACAAAUAUAGUCCACGCAACCUCGUCGUCGUGGGCAUCAAGAAGUAG